AUGCCUGUAUUCUCAAACCCCGUUAUUCCCGCAACAACCCCCAUCAACGGUAACAUUAGUAGUUUGCCGGACAAAUGUAUGUGCGUCGAUGGAGUUUGUCAGGACCCUUCUCACAAACACUAUGCUGAACAGCAAAAAAAGCAUCAAGAACAAUUAAGACAAAAACAGCUGCUGCAAAAAAGGAAACGUCGUCUUUCUCUUACAACUGAGAUUUCGUCAGUUAGAUUAAUGCCUACCACAACUUGUUCACUUUACUCUGGUUCGAAAUUCAGAGGUGAACAAAGAAGUGGUAGAAGUAGUUACGAUGUUGCUGUUCAUAUUCAGCAUGUAGAUCUUUCAGAGUCAUUUUUAUGUGGAUAUCUUCAUAUUAAAGGGCUCACUGAAGAUUAUCCCGAGUUGACCACAUUUUUUGAGGCAGAAAUUAUUGGGAGAAAAUAUUCAUUUCUAACCAAGAAAUGGGAUGCCGAUGACAAAGUAGACGUGCAACACUGGAUUCGUUUCCAGGCUUUUCGUCCCCUUCAAAAACAUAUGAAAAAGGAUGGUUUUGUUUAUGACUUUCAUAAUAAAGAUUUCAUUUUUAUGAGAUGGAAAGAACAUUUUCUUGUACCUGAUCAUCGGGUUAGAACCAUUAAUGGUGCCAGUUUUGCUGGAUUCUACUAUAUUUGCUACCAAUUAAGUACAGGGAUGAUUACAGGAUUCUAUUUCCAUAAAAGUUCGGAAAG